AUGAUCGAAUAAUUUCAAGUUUAAGGAGCGAAGGACAAGUAUAUUGUCUAUAACAAAGUCUUGGGAAAGGGAGCAUACGGGGUUGUUUUAUUGGCAAAGGCUGCUAACUUAGGAAGUUAUCACGCUGCUAAAAUUAUUAGUAAAAAAUCUCUAUCCUAGACAGACAUUUUCAACUUAAGAAAUGAAAUUAAUAUAUAAUCCAAGUUGGCUCAUCCAAAUGUUGUUGCAAUGGUUGAUGCCUUCGAAGACAAUGAAUAUUUAUAUAUGUUGCUCGAGUAUUGCAAUGGAGGUUGUCUGUUUACAAACAUACAGUUAAGUGGGCCUCUAAGAGAGGAGAAGGCAUAGCAAUAUUUUGUGCAAAUUUUGAAGGCUGUUCAAUAUUUACAUUCUAAGAAUAUUUUACACAGAGACAUAAAGCUGUCAAAUUUGCUUUUAACAUCUCAAGAUCAAGUUAAAUUAGCAGAUUUCACUUGGAGCACAUCUCUUUAAGGGGGAUGCGUUGGUCCUCAAAUUUGCGGAACACUUGAGUAUAUGCCUCCUGAAGUUCUCGGAAAUAAGGUCUAAAAUGAAAAAUUAGACAUAUGGAGUUUGGGAAUUGUUUUAUAUGAAAUGCUUCACAAUGACUUUCCGAAGCUUGGCUAAUUGUUUUUCAAAUUUGGAAUUAGUGAAGAAUGCAAAUCAUUGAUCAAAUAAAUGUUGGAAAAAGAACCGUAUCGAAGGCCAACAACGAGUGAAAUACAAAUGAGUCCUUGGAUAAAGAGAUAUCAUAGAUAUAAAGAACUUUCUAUUAAUAUCAUCAAGAGUUCAAACAAUUUGCAGGAUCAAAAAGGACUCAACUCUAUGUCUUUUGUAGCAGGGUCCCCCUUGGGCUCUCCAUUAAGAUCAGGAUUAGGAACUCCUCAAAUAAAUACAUUAGGAUCUCCUUAAAAAAAUAAAUUAGGCGCUACCUUGGGAUAUUCCUUUAACAAUGGCUUUGAAUCUCCACUUGGUUCUCCUAUGCAAUCCCCAAUGAAUUCACCUCUUACAAAUGUGGGCAAACGUGUUGCUACAGAGCCAACUAGAAUCAGUGCUUAGAAAUUGGUAUGA